AUGGUAAACGCAACGGAAUGGUUGGAAACAAAUUAUCCAUCUAACGGAACCUGUACCAGAAUUGAAGACACUGAAAAUUGCAGCAAUGAUAAUGCUAAAAUUCGUAGUCAGAUUGUUAAUUUAAAUAUUGAUAAUCAGGAUUUAGAUGGUGAUUUUUCGGUGAAAGGAUUCACCAACCUUGUCAAAGCUAAUUUCUCUUUUAACAAACUAACUAAUGCUUUCGACUUAAAAAUAUCCAUUGAACUUGAAGAAUAUGAUUAUUCAAAUAAUCAACAUAGAGGGGAUUGGGGUGGUUCAUCGUCUAUCUUUCCUAAACUUAAAAAGUUUAAUCUUUCUCAUAAUUAUAUAACUAAAAUUACUUUUCAAGCACCGCAACUUACUCAUAUAGACGUUAGUCAUAAUUAUUUAAGUGAAUUAAAUUUAAAAGGCAUAGCUGAUUUACAAACUUUGAACUGUUCAAACAAUCUAAACUUAGAAAAUUUAACUUUGCCUAACAAUUUCAAACCAUCAGUUUUAGAUUGUUACAACACUUACUUAAAAAACAUAACCUUUUCUAACUCAUCCAUAUUUGAUUGUGAAAAAGGUGUUUUUAUCACUUCAACAAACACUACUACUCCCACUGAUACGAUUACAAAAACAGCAACACCGACUUUUCACACGAUUCCAACCACUCAUGAAAAUCUCUCUUUAAAACUCGGUCUCGGAUUAGGAAUUCCUUUCGCUAUUACUUUACUCGGAUUAUUGACUUUUUUUGGUUAUAAAUACAAAAAAAACAGAACUCCCGAAUUUCGAGUCGGAGGAAAUAAAUAA